AUGAAGAUUGUGUAUUGGAUAUCCCCACAUGCUUGGCCUUCAGUUCCUUUACAACCCCAUGGCACUGUAGUUGCAUUUUCAUGCAGGCUUCUUCAACAUGGGGUUAGUUCUGUGGGUGGGAACCAAUGUUGCUUUGCCUACUACAUGAGGGACAACAUACACAAUUGGAUAGGGAUACCCAUGUGGGGAUUGGAUGAGAGUUCAGAAUGUCCAGGACUUGGUUGA